AUGUUCGGCCGGGUGGAUGAGUAUCGAGAGGAGAACCACCACCUCAAACAGGGCAUUAUCGGCCUGGAGGGAGAGAUCGACGAACUCACCUCGGAACUCGACUUCCUCCGGACAGCCUAUGAGAACUUCCGGCAGAAUCAGAACGACCCGGAGGGUGUAGCCGUAGACCUUCGGCUAUGCCAGGCUCAACUUGGCCAGCAGAUUCAUGCCCUCACCACCCAUCUCCAGAACGAAACAGCCUGGUUUGAACAGGCUCGCAUCGAGAACCUCGCAGUCAUCGAGGCUCUACGGGCCCGGAUCAUACAGCUAGAGUCCGAGAAGACCCAGCUGGAGAUCGACAAGGAUCGUCUCCUAAAGUACCAACAAGAACUUUACGACUUCGGCACGGAUGUAUCCAACAGAUACAACGACCUUUGCGAAAAGCACAAUCAGCUGGUCCAGGAACGAGAAAACCUGGGCAUCGAGGUCGCGUGCCUGAAGGAGGAAAAGACCUACCUCGAGGACUAA